AUGGUUGACAUGUCCGGACAAAGUAGUGCUGCUUUCGGCAGGGUUACUGGUAGCGGCUUCCGGAACGACUAUUUUGCUACAGACGAAAAAGGAGAAUGUAAAAUCGCCACCAAACCGGCUACAGAAACACUCGUGUCAGCAGGAAGACAUAGUCGAAUCGCCGAUCAUUGGUGGGAAAUUGGCAAGGCAAAUGUGCAGUGUUCGGUGAUGGUAGACGACGAGAACCAAAGUCAAUUGUUCCUUUUAUAA